AUGGAGUCCGAGGCAUGUUGUUCGAAUCAAACCUCAUUGUUCUCUGUUAUUGCUGAAUGUCCAGCUUUGCUAGAACAGGUCCCUGAAACGUUCUUUUUGGGUACUACGCACGUUGGAUUGAGGUGUUUUGAUGUGUCGAAAAGUUAUUUUGUUUUUGGAAGUGAUUGUGGUGCUUUGUUUCCUUACAAUCGAAGAAUAAAUCGAAGCGCAACUCCUCUUCGGACUCAUUAUGAUGAAGUUAUAACAUGUGUUCGUUUGGCAUCGGAUGAUAAUGAUAUUUUAGCUGCUGGUCACAAAUCGGGUAUACUUGUUAUAUUACGUUUUCCAUCAAAUACUACUACCUCCAGAAGAAAGAUCCAACAACACUUGAAUCCUGAUUUACAUCAAGGUAGUGCUAUUACUACUUUGGAAUGGGGCGGUAGAGGAAAUUGGCUGUAUUCUGGCGAUUCCUCUGGGGUAGUCUGUGGAACUUUUGUUGAUUUUGAUGAGGAAUGUUUUGAAUCUCGGAUUAUAUGUGAAAGACCUUCCUCUGUACGGCAACUAUCUUACGCGUCGAAAGUUCUGGCAGUUAAAAGCGACAAAGAUAUAAUAUUAUUGAAGUUAGAUGAAGAGAGCGAUAAAAGAAUUAUGUUUGAAUUAGGGCUAGACGGAAGCUCGGAAGUGAGUUUCUGCUUUGCCGCUGCGGAGCCACCGUUAUCCCUCUUCAUAGGAUCGAGCAGCGGAGUAGUUGAUCAUUAUAAUGUCUCCACAGGAGAGCUGCUACAGUCUAUAUGUUUAAAAGACCGGAUAGGCGGUUACAAUACUAUUAAAGGCAGUGGGUGCGUCUUCUCGUUGUGUAAAGUGUUUGCGUUUGGGGAUAAUGUGUUGUACUGCUGUAACAAAAAUUUGGUUCUUCUUACAACGGAAGAUAGAUUACGAGUUCUUGAUUCUCAUCAUCUGAGUUUCCUGGAACUGGAUAUGUGUUAUAUUGAGGAUAUACGGGUUGAUUUCGUAUCAGUACCAGUAAUAUACAUUCUAACGAAUGACAAGAGGGUUUUUUAUGUUUCGUCUGAAGAACCUCCAUAUUGUUUUCGUGUAGUAAACGAAAGACCUCAGGAAUUCAAUCCUUUAUCUCUAAUUUCAUCGAUUCAAAAAACAACAAAGCUACUAUCACUGGCUCCAACCAAGGCUAUAUUAAACCGUAUAAAAUCGAAAGGGGAUCAGGCAUUGCCAUCCUUGACUAAUUUAAGUCGUCCUGUGUUCAAGACUGUCCUGAAUUCAGGCGAAGCUUUUCUUAAAAACAGAAGAAUUUUUGGUACAACGAUUCGGGAAAUAGAUUGGAAGUGGAGAACACUUGAACGCAAUGGGAGGUUUCAAAGUGAGCUGCAAGUUGUCUAUACAUUGCUAUCGCGAGCGCUAGGCCAACAUAACCAAAAGUAG